AUGUCGACAAUUAAAGCAACGAUUACUUUUCUUUUUUUGGCCUUUACUAGUCGAUCAGUUGACGGAUUCGUGAGCGAAGAGGAGAUGUGCAUUUGUGAAUGCCCCUGUGAAGACACUUCAUGGGCAAAUCGCCCAGGGUUGCCGGAUCUAUCACUCCCUCCAGUAAUCCCUUUCCCUAUAAUCCCUCCCAAUAUUCCUGUCCCCAAGCCAGGCCCACAUUCAGAUACAGACAAAAACAACAAGAAUGACGGCAAGGACAAGAACAAGAACGACGACAAAAAUGACAACAAGAAUAAUGAUACAGAUAAUACGCAUGACAAUGACAAGCCAACGGAUAAAUCAGAGCCUACAAAGACCGAUCCAUCCAAGACGAGUAUUGCAUCAGUAUCAAGACAGGUGUGUUCUAAGACAGCAACCUUAACCACCUCUGUUGCGAUAUCCUACAGCUCAGCGAGCGAUGGGAAGUGGAAGACCACAACCAAAACCAUAAAACCAACCCCAAUCCCCGACGCAUGCGAGACAAAAAGUAUCGCUACCACGACCACGAUUCACCCGCCCGUGAAGAGCGUGAUAGACAUCGUGGACCCCGGGAAGGGCGACACGUUUGGGAACCUUACUGGGAUCGACAAGGACGCCUUGGCGUGGCUCGAAAAGAAAUUCCACGAGUUAGGCCUGGACGGCGGCUAUGAUUAUGAGGAAGAGGGGGGUGGGAGCAGCAUCGGCACCAGCUCGGUUAAGGGGACCAAGACUCUUACAUGGAGAACAUCAACCGCAGCCAAGAAAAGUAGCAAGGCGACCUUCACCUUUGUUGGAACCUUUGUCGGUUCCAAGGCUAUUAUAUGGCGAAGAAAAAAGGACCAGAAUAGGGGGCAGAUUUAUUUUGAUAGCUGA